AUGGAAGGCACAUGGAAUUAUUAUUAUGGUAACAUACGGAAAUUAUCGUUACUCACCGGUAUAUGGCCGUUCCUGGACGUGAAGACCAAAUUCUUUCGCCUCGGCUUUCUGACCGUGACUAUGUUAUCUAUAUUCGUCCCGCAGAUCGCGUAUCAGUUAACGUGCGAGCAGGACCUGCAGUGCACAUUCGAGUCGAUGACGUCGUACCUAUUGACAGGCGUAGCCAUGGUGAAGGUGUACACGUUCAUUGUGAACAUUCGUAAAGUUAGAGAAGUGACAGAACAUUUGCUUAUCGAGUGGGUAAAGCUGGAAAGUCCUGAGGAAUACGAGAUCUCGAAGUCGUACGCCGAAAAUUGUAGACUUUUCUCCCUGAUAUAUCCGAUAUACUGCUUAAUAGGUGUGUGGACAUUCAUGUCGAUAUCUCUUAUACCACGAGUACUCGAUAUCGUAAUGCCACUCAACGAAUCACGUCCUAUUCUAAUGCCGUACCCGGCGUACUACUUCGUGGAUCAUAAGCGCUAUUUUCUAUAUAUUUUCUGGCAUUCUGUCCUGGGCUUCGAGAUACUUAUGACCGGAAUAGUCGCACACGAUUGUAUGUUCGUGACUUACGUCGAACGCAUUUGCAACAUAUUCGCUGUGGUCGGACAUCGUUUCGAGUGUUUAUUCUGCAAUCAAAACAAGAUGGUGGAACAUAUAAAAACUGAUUUGGACAGCAUAUAUCAUGAGAAAGUUGCCUUUUUUGUGAAUAUGCACAGAGAAGCCUUGAAAUUCACGGAACUUCUCGAGAGUAUCUUUACCAUGCCCUUCGCGAUACAAUUAUUGAUAAGUACAAUAGGAAUUAGCAUUACCUUACUACAAAUCACGCAAGAUUUCGACUUAUUAAAAAUACUGAAGUAUGUGCUCUACAUCUUCGGUCAGCUGUUUCAUUUAUUCUUCCUCAGCUUCGAGGGACAAAAGUUAUCGGAUCACAGUCUUCAGACGCGCGACAAGAUAUACAGCAGUUCUUGGUACGAAGCACCCUUGAAAUCGCAAAAACUGAUUAUUAUGGUGAUGAUACAGAGCUUUCAGCCGACAUUCUUGAGCGCCGGCAAGAUUUACAUCUUCUGCCUGGAGAGUUUCGCCACGGUAAAAUCAUCUUAA